CUGGCGAGUGAACAUACAUUUAAAUAAUUAUUAUUAAUUAAAUAAAAACUUCUUAUAGGACAAAUGAUAGAUUUUGCCAAGAUGAAGACGUGCGAGCUAAGUUUGAUCAAGUACUUGUUGUUUGGAUUUAAUUUGGUUUUUGCGAUUUCGGGAAUAGUAAUCAUAAUUGUUGGCGCUUUGACCCUUUCCGAAGUGGGCCAGUUCCAGCAUUUUAUGGAGGGACGAAUCCUUGCUCCUCCAGUUGUCUUAAUAGUUGUCGGCGCCAUAGUCUUCCUGGUGGCUUCCCUUGGAUGUUAUGGAGCUAUUAGAGAGUCCUAUUAUAUGUUAAUAGCGUUUGCAGCCUGUCUAUUGGUGGUAUUCAUCAUAGAGCUAGCUGUUGGUAUUACAGCGGCGGUCUACCAUAACGAAAUCGAUCAAUCGAUGAAGAAUGUCAUGGACGAGUCCUUGGCCAGAUAUGAAAAAAGUGAUAUGGAUAAAAACGCCUGGGACAAAGUGCAAUCAGAGUUACAAUGCUGUGGAGUAAGCAGUCCAAAUGACUGGAACAAAACAAAACGUCCCCUAUCAUGCUGUGAGGCACCUAGAGAGGGAGCUCCUCCUCCAACCGAGGAGGGUUGCAACAGCGCAAAAGUCGACGAAUCGAAUAUUCUGUUCAGUUCAGGCUGUUUCGAAAAGAUCAAAAUGAAAGCUGAAAAUGCCUCGAGAGUCUUAAUUGGAGUUGGAAUUGGCAUUGCAUUAAUUGAAGUCAUUGGUAUUCUACUCGCUUGUUGGAUGGCUUUAUCGAUCAAAAAUCGAAGUUAAAAUCGUAGUUGAUGGCAAUUUUUCAAAUCAAUUUAUAUCGCAGAUAUUGUUAUAGAAUAUACGUUUUUAUAUGCUAAAAUAUGCAGUGACCUGCAGAAAAUAUAUAAAAGGGACCCUAAAGGACCUCAUUUUUAAUUAUUAAAUUUUAUAGUAAAUUUUAACGUUUUGUUCUGCUGAUCACUGUAUAAUAAAUAUCAUAUUAUAUUGCUUAAAAAAUUAAAUCCCAUAUAAAAUGUGUCGUAGUCAUAUUAUAGCAAUAGUUAUAGACUAUUAAAUGUUGUAUUGCAAAACUUUAAAUAUCUACUAUGGUUAAUAAAAUAUAUACUCAUGAGAA